GGAGAGAAAGAAAACCCAAGUUAACCUAUGGGGGUGAUUCGUGUGGGUGAGUGGUCGAGACUCGAUCAUCCGUCUGCAAGAUCCGAGACAGAAACGUUACUCUCUCAGACGAGCUUCCCAUAGCAACAAAAAAUUACUACACACGAAGGGUAUCCUACACCGGGACCUGAAACCUCACAACAUCUUCCUCACCCUGGGCAACAAGAGUGUCAAGCUGGGCGACUUUGGCUUGGCUCGUGUCACAGAGGGAGACAUCAACAUGCCCAGGACCAUCGUCGGCAGCCCAGCGUAUAUGAGUCCCGAGGUGGCUAAUGGUCUACCAUACGACGGUAAAGCUGAUAUGUGGUCAUUAGGCUGCUGUCUCUACGAGCUGGCUACAUUACAGCGAGGCUACCCUUAUGAACAGGUGCACGUCGAAGGAGAGUAUAGUAAGGGGUUCAAUGAGGCUGUAAUAUCUAUGCUAAGUCGGGACCCCUCGAGACGACCCAGUGCUGCAGAUCUGCUGAUAAACCCUUUCCUACGAGCGGUAGCCGGGCCCAGGAGCUAGUAACGGCACCACUGGCCGGGCUCAGGAGCUAGCGCCACCACUAUUGGCAGGGCCUCCAGCAUCAUCACCGGUGGUGGAGCCUAGGAGCUAGCAGCAUACCAGUACUUGCCGAUUUGUUUGCGGGAGUCGAGAAUACUCCUGGACCCGCCUCACAUAGACCACUUUCAUCGACAUCCCUGAUUUUUGGCCUCUUGGGCCUUAUUAUCUGUACUCCUGAAACUGUGUACUGAGUUUGCCUCUACCACUGCUUCAUCAAAGUCAUUCCACUUUUCAACCACCCUGAGACAAGAAAUAUUUCCUUACUGUCGAAUGAAGGAUGGUCAUUACGAAUGUUUCACCUGUACACUAGUCAAGAAUAUUUCAGUCUUUAAAACAGGGAUAAAAAUAAAUUCUCGGACUAUAUACUCCGAGAGUAGUCAUUAUAUGCCUAGUUCUUGGGUCCAAGUUUCCUCAUCGAACUCCAGCAGACUCACCUUCAGUUCCAAUCCAAGGAGAGUAGGUGAAGAAUUUGACAUCCCUUACAGCAGACACAACCAUUCCACGAUCCCCGAGGUCAGCUCACGUCUGGGCAGAACCGCAGAAGAUAGUCAUGACCUAAAGGGUGAAAAGAUUGAUCUUUGAAAUUAAAGAUUAUAUGCUACGCUAGAGUGUAUCAGGAGCCCCAGCAGACAGACUCCGCCAUAUAUCCACUGAAAGUGUUAAGAUCUCGGUCACAUUGGCUUCAUAUUGCUUGACAAAUAUAUGGUAAUCAGCGAUUUUUGCUACAAACCUUAGUCUUCGAGGAACAUUUAUAAUUUU